AAAAUUCUCAAAUUCCAAUCCCGGUCCCAUUUCCCUCAUUUCAGAUCCAUUUUUAUUCGUCUCCUCUCCCGAUCUCAAUUCUCUGCUCCACAUCUACAUACAAACUAUACAUACAAUCUAUACACACACCUAUACAUACACGAUCCGAUCCAGCUCUCGUCGAGCUUCACAUUCGCACUCAUCACCAUGAAUCCUUUCUCUUCGGAGACGCGUCUCAGGGACAUGAUUCGGGCUAUACGUGCUUGCAAAACUGCAGCAGAAGAACGGGCUGUUGUAAGAAAGGAGUGUGCUACUAUACGUGCUUCAGUUAGUGAUAGCGAUAAUGAUUAUAAGCAUCGGAAUCUUGCAAAACUCAUGUUUAUUCACAUGCUUGGUUAUCCUACACAUUUUGGUCAAAUGGAAUGCCUGAAGUUAAUUGCAGCUCCCGGUUUCCCCGACAAGCGAAUAGGAUAUCUAGGGCUUAUGUUACUGCUUGACGAAAGACAAGAAGUUCUAAUGCUGGUCACAAAUUCACUAAAGCAAGAUCUUAAUCACGCAAACCAGUAUAUCGUGGGACUUGCUCUUUGUGCAUUAGGGAACAUUUCUUCUGCAGAAAUGGCUCGGGAUCUUGCACCUGAAGUUGAAAGGUUGCUGCUAUUUCGUGAUCCAAAUAUACGGAAGAAAGCAGCAUUGUGCUCUAUAAGGAUUAUAAAGAAAGUUCCUGACCUUGCGGAAAACUUUGUAAACUCUGCUGCUGCCUUGCUUAAAGAGAAGCACCAUGGAGUAUUGUUAACUGGAGUCCAACUUUGUACUGAUCUGUGUAAAGUUAGUGCGGAGGCCCUUGAAUAUAUUAGAAAGAGAUGUACUGAAGGCCUGGUCAAGGUCCUAAAGGAUGUUGUGAACAGUCCAUAUGUGCCCGAGUAUGAUGUGUCUGGGAUUGCAGAUCCUUUUCUUCAUAUAAGAUUACUUAGGCUUUUACGUGUCUUAGGACAUGGAGAUGCUGAUGCCAGUGAUUGCAUGAACGACAUUCUUGCUCAGGUUGCGUCAAAGACCGAGUCAAACAAAAACGCAGGAAAUGCAAUUCUUUAUGAGUGCGUUGAAACUAUUAUGAGCAUUGAAGAUAAUAGUGGCUUACGUGUGCUUGCUAUUAAUAUUUUGGGAAGAUUUUUAUCAAAUCGGGACAAUAAUAUCAGAUAUGUUGCACUGAACAUGCUGAUGAGAGCUAUUACAGUUGAUUCUCAGGCAGUGCAAAGGCAUCGAGCAACCAUUUUGGAAUGUGUGAAGGAAUCAGAUGCUUCAAUUCGUAAAAGGGCCCUCGAACUUGUCUAUCUUUUGGUGAAUGAGAACAAUGUAAAGCUUUUGACAAAGGAUCUUAUUGAUUAUCUGGAAAUAAGUGACCAAGAGUUCAAGGGAGAUCUUACUGCUAGAAUUUGCUCUAUUGUAGAAAAGUUUUCACCAGAAAAAAUUUGGUACAUUGAUCAAAUGCUCCAAGUUCUGUCUGAGGCUGGAAAUUAUGUGAAAGAUGAAGUCUGGCAUGCACUUAUCGUUGUAAUCAGCAAUGCUUCUGAUCUUCAUGGAUACACCGUAAGAUUACUAUACAGAGCAGUCCAAAAGUCAGUUGACCAGGGAGUUCUUGUGCGAGUGGCUGUGUGGUGUAUAGGAGAAUAUGGUGAUAUGUUGGUGAACAGUGUUGGAACACUAGCCAUAGAGGAACCAAUAACUGUAACCGAGUCUGACACCAUAGAUGUGAUAGAGACCGCCAUUAAGCACCAUACCUCAGAUCUAACUACUCAAGCAAUGUGUUUAAUUGCUUUGUUGAAGCUAUCCUGUCGUUUCCCAUCUUGCUCAGAGAGGAUACAAGACAUCAUCGUCCAAAACAAAGGAAGCCUUGUGCUUGAACUUCAGCAACGAUCUAUUGAGUUCAACUCUAUUAUUCAAAAGCAUCAAAAUAUAAGGUCUGCUCUGUGUGAAAGGAUGCCAGUACUUGAUGAGUCAACUUACAGUGUAAGGAGGGCUGGUUCAUUACCAGCUGCUGCUUCAUCUUUACAAGCUUCAGCAGUAACUCUUUCAAAUGGUGUUACCAAACCCAAUGCCGCUCCUCUUGUUGAUUUACUAGAUCUUAGUUCGGAUGAUGCUCCAGUACCAAAUCCUUCACAUGGCAAUGAUUUUCUUCAUGAUCUUCUUGGUGUUGAUUUAUCUUCUGGUCUAUCACAGGCAGGUACAAACCAGCCUCAGAAAAGUGGCACUGAUGCCUUAUUGGAUCUAUUGUCAAUUGGAACAACUCCAGCUCCAAGUAACUUUUCUGCACUAGAUGGUUUAUCUUUGGGUCAAGGUGCCGAUACAACAGUAAGUGCAUUAGCGGGAUUAGCAUCAACUUCAACAGCAAUACCUGCUACACAACCCUCACCUUUAGUUGGAAGUUCUCCUGUGCUGGAUUUGUUAAAUGGAUUUGGGCCUUCUGAGCAUAUCCAGGAAGAGAGUGUGCCUGCUUAUCCAUCAAUAGUUGCAUUUGAGAGCAACAACUUGAAGAUGACGUUCAACUUUUCAAAGCAACCUGGAAAUUUACAGUCGACACAUAUAGAGGCUACGUUUAUUAACAAGUCAUCCAAUGUCUAUUCAGAAUUUAUGUUUCAAGCAGCAGUUCCAAAGUUCCUUCAGUUGCAUUUGGACCCUGCUAGCAGCAAUACCCUUCCAGCAAGUGGAGAAGGGUCAAUCACACAAAAACUACGUGUUACCAAUAGCCAACACGGCAAGAAAUCCCUUGUGAUGCGCAUUCGGAUCGCUUACAAAUUGAACAAUGAAGAUGUUUUGGAGCAAGGACAAAUAAGCAAUUUUCCUCAUGGUUUAUAAGCAUAUAUGGUUCACAACAUGACAAAUAUGAGCAUUAAUUAUCAUCCCCCCACAGAUAAGUCUCUUUUUGAGCCUCCAGAGGUUUUUUAGUCCUGUUCUGUUGAUUUUUGUAAUUUUCAUAGUGUCAUGGUUUGGGGGCAAUUGCUGUAAUAAUAGGAUUUUUAGUCGGUUGAUCUUGGGACCCAUAUAAAGCUUCACAUCUUGUUUUCCCUUUUAUCACUCCCCUGCAAUUUUUAUUUUUAUUCUUACAUUGUGAUGGGAUAUCUCCUACACAAGUGAUUAUAUGGUAAACAGAAAUUUUGAGGCCUAGUGAGCAGCAUGUCAUAAGAACUAGAAGUACUUUUGGUUGUAUUACAGUUCUGUAUAAAAGAUUGUGUAAAUUAUUAUUUAUUUGUGAAAUUGUAUCAUAUAUUACAGUUUUUGAAAGUCA